CACUACAGUCUGACCAUAUACUUCAAAAGGUGGAGAAUAAAGAAUAGUUUUGACUAAUAUUAUUGGUUUUGUGUUGUGCAAUAUCUAUUAGAUAUUUGAUAUUGGUAUGCAAAUUAUUGUUAAUAUCAACUAAAUAUUGCAAUGCAAACUAUAAAUUAUUAAUUGUAUCAAAAUCAUAAAUUAUUGAUACAUUCUUACUAAUUUGAUAUGAACUUAUUAUAAAUGUUAGUCAACUUUCUUAAUGACUAGUUGGAAAAUUGCUUUUGCGGGCUGACCCACAACCCAACCGCACCAAUCCGCCACCCACCCAACCCAACCCGCAGAGGUAUGUGGGUGGAUUGCGGGUCACAAUUAUUCCAACUCGCUAGUAUGCGGGUGGGUCAAUUUGAGACCAAAACCCACCCAACCCGCCCAUUGCCCACCCGUAGUUAAUACCCUCGUUUGGCCCAAAGUAUAGCCUUAAUGACAGUUUUGGCCCCGUUUUCCAGAUAAGACAUUUAUGGCCCACUUUUGACAUUAUUGAACAAAUUUGGUAUGUGGGACGAGUUGACUGUCAGAAUUGACGGUCAUCCAUUUUCUCCGUCGCUGACUCAGCAUUCGACGCUGACGCGACUUGUCCACGUCAUUUAUUAUUAUUUUCUUUUUUAUGAACAUGUCCACGUCAUUAUGUUUUUUUAUUUUAUAUUUUUUUAACAAAACAAAAAGGGAAAGGUAGACAAGAGGUACACCAUACACUUGCCAUUUCCCUUUCCUUCGACCUUCUUCCUCCCUGCGAAACCCCACUGUUCGCAUCCCCUUCCCCGAAACCUAAUCCGACCCAAAUCAGAGUGCAUGGCACUCGAUUCUUCUCUUCGUCGGCCCGAUCCUUGACCUUCAGUCCUUAUUACCUUACUUUCCCUUCAUCAUCGCCUCGUCACCCAGCCCGAUCGAGACAUCGCUGAUUAUAAUCUAGUGCGCGGGCGGCCGACCCUUUUUUGGCUGCGCCAUGUUUCUUUUCUCUUCUUUGCCGGUACGAGCAUCUUAUCUUCAUGGCGGCGCGAUUCGUUUCGUCUUCCGCGAGCGAUAAACGAAAGUCCCCUGUCCUGUCUUUUUCUUGUGGGACCAGUCGAGCAAGGGGCCACCACAGAUGCAAAAUUAGCUAUUGAGCUGAAGCAUUUAUCAUUCUCAAUGUUAUUUUCUACACUUCAUCUUAUUGGAAUUGAAUUUGGGAAAGUGUAGAAGUGAAUAAACAAUGUCCCUUUUUGUUUCUUUUCUGUUUAGUGAUUUUGAGAAUUUGGUAAAGAAUAAUUAAUUGCUUGGUUGUAUGUGUUUGUGUUUUGUAAGUCACGUGGAGGCAAUAAACAAGGAUUUUUUGGAACACUAGAUGACCCAUUUGUUGCCGAAUUUUGCAGGAUGAGUAUCGAAUUGGUAUUUCAUCAUGGGGGAAUGAUGGAUACAACUACUAUGGUAUCGAUAUAUGUUGCGGGGUUGUCGACCGAGUUCAUUUGCUUGUUGAUCACAUGUCAUAUUUUGAGCUGGUGAGUACAUUGAUCGAGGAUUUAGAGUAUUCGUCAGUGGAAAGGGUGUGGUAUUUGACUGCGGGACAAAGUAAGGAACAUGGGCUGCACGAGAUACGCACUGAUGCCAACAUGUUUAAUGGCCUAAUUGUGGAUGCCGAGCUAGGAGAGGUGUCCUUGUUUUUUGAAGCAACUAAGUUCAUUCAUGAGAUGGGAGACAACUAUGGGUAUAGCAAGGAGGUUGAAGAUGAGGAGGGUGACAACUCUUUCGUAGCCAAGUUCUUCCGGAUAGAUCAAGACGAGGCUCAAACGUCGGAUGAGGAAGACCAAGAAAUUCGGGCCCGUUAUCGUCGCAUGCUACAGAGGUCUAGGCUCGAAGAGACUAGAUCCGAGGAAGAAUUUGAUCUGUGGUUUGUAGACCCCAAUGAGGUGAACGAGCCUGUUCAACCUAGUGUGAAUGUCGAUGAAGAGGCCAUCGAGGAACAAGGAGAGGAGGUUCAACAAAGUGGUGGUAUGGGUGAUGAUGAAGCUCAAGGUUCUGAAGCAACAGUCUAUAGGGGUUCUGAAAACUCAGAUCAUGUUCGUGGCAACAUUGGCGAGGAAGAUGAAGUGUCCAUGAUCGACAAUGUCGUAUAUAUGAUCCCAACUGUGAUCAUAAGACAUUGUCGAUCACUACACAUAUGAGGUUUGCUAGUCCACAACAGUUUAAAGAGGCUGUUACAAAACAUUCCAUUGAAAUUGGUGCUGUAAUACAGUGGAUACGCAGUAAGGAUGAAGCUAGGAUGUGUACUAGUUGGCCAUCUUCAGCUCACAAACAUGAGGUGCAGAUACAUGGGAAAUGGUAUGUUGUUGAUUUGUAGACUUCUACCUACACAUGUGGAUAUUGGGGACUUUAUGGCAUUCCUUGCUGCCACGCUGUUUCAGCCAUUCGUUCUAUGAGAUUUCGUCCUGAGGCAUAUGUGUGAUAUUCGGCUUUAAUAUAUCGGAUUCUUGGAC